AUUACCUCCUUCCUUUUCUGUCUCACAUUCUCGUGCGUGUCUUUGUUUAUUGAUGACCAAAAUGGUCUUCUGCGCUCAGCGUUACGCCAGCAUGCAUGAACCGGGAGUCAUGCGCUAAAGAACAACAGCAAUGAACACUGGAUGUAAAUAGAUUACUACGCUUUACGCUCCAAAUCAGAACUGAGCUGUCUCAUCCUUCGUUGUGCUUUCUCGGUGUCAGGAUAAGCAAAUCACCAUGGACCUGUCAUUUAUGGCUGCGCAGAUCCCAGUGAUGACUGGGGCCUUUAUGGACUCUUCCCCCAAUGAUGAUUACAGCACGGAUCACUCGCUCUUCAACUCCUCAGUCAGUGUUCACACCGCAGCCAUGGCAGCUCACCACCAACAGGAGGAGCACCAACCUAUGUCCUGCGAUGCCAUCUGGCUGUGGAUCGCCAUCACUGCCACCAUCGGCAAUAUUGUGGUGGUGGGUGUGGUCUACGCCUUCACAUUCUAAACAGAACUGAGUCUAGAGAUGAACUGAGAGAUGAACUGAGAGACAACAUCCUGUUUAUAGGUCUCUAAGCCCAAUCCUUAGAACAGGGUGUGAGGUCUUACAUGUAGCAUACAUAGGCAUAAAGUGUAAUUUUCAUUAAUUUUUAUAUUCAAAUUAACAUUGAGGUUUGAAAGUAUUUUUGACUUGUUCUUUCUGUUUGCUUUCUGUAAAUUGAUAAAUGACAGAGUACAAUGUAAUGCAUUUAGAAGAACAGGUAUGCCUAAGUUCUACUGUGUGGACAGUACCUAGUUUGGUAUUUCUGAAUAGUUUGUAUGUAAUUUUGCCUUUAGUAAGCGUGUAUGCAGUUUUGAAGCUUUAAAUGUAUAGAGGACACAAAAUGCUGUUAGAGGUUUCUGUAGUUACCAUCUCAAUUCAAGGUCAUCAAAUUCUAAACAAAACAAUGUUUUCAGACAUUGUUUUGAUAGUUAUGUUAUAGUUAAAGUUCUUAUUCUUGUUAUAAUUCUUCUGGUUUGGUAAUGAAGGCUUUCUUUCUCUCUACCACCAAGAAGGUUUGUACUGCUGAUUGGACAAUCCUGAUUGGUCAAUUUUAAUACUUGAUAAAUCUUCAGGCCAAUCUUCGCUUUUGUAUUUGUGUGAAACAUAUUACAUAUAACAGUACAUAUAACUUUUAUUUUAUGGUUGUGGUUAUCUUUUUAAACUCACUAUAUUUAUUAUCUUCCUGCUAAUUAUCUGUCUGCUGAACUCUCAGCAUGUUCCCAGCUAUGGGGAAUAUUAGAUAAAAAACAUAUUCAUCUGUAGUACAGUAACGAGUUAAACUGGUAGAUAUAAAACAUAUUCACCUGUAGUACACCAAUGAGCUAAACUUUUAGAGACUCAGCCAUCUCAUUGUUUUCUUUGCUUUUGAGAAGCUACUGUCUAUUAGCAUCCACAGUUACUGUGCUGAUGAAGGCUAGUGCAGGUCUGUGAUAAUCACAUAAAUGGCAAUUUGCAUCAGUGUAUUAUAGGUCAGAGGUUAAUCGGCUGUCAAUAACACUCUGGCCCUCACUUUUUAUAGCAGUGUAGUCUCUGUGCCAUUUGUGACAUGAUUCUGGUGGGUCUGCCAGUUACUGUAGCAACCCAGCCCUUCUGUUGAGAGGGACAUUAUUCAUGGACAUUAGUGUGAACAUUAUUCAUGAUGGCCACAGAUGCCAGUGCAGAGGACAGGAACUGGUCUUAUGAAGCCCAAGUGAUCAGCCUUCUCUUGCACCAAGAUGAAAGACAACCAUGACUGCAAUCACUGACUUAUGCUGUCAAAUGGCCCUUGGCAACUAAAAUAAAUUAGAAUAACUAACCUAGUUGUUUGCAUGGUCAUUGGCAACUACUACAUUUAUAACAUUACACACAUUAAGACACAGAAACUGAAGUCAUAGCUGGAUAACUUCAUAAAUAUGUUUACCAGCAACUUGGUUCGCCAGCUUGGCCCAUUCUGUUGACAUAAUAUCAGAAUGUAACCUACUCUCUGCUAAUAUGCCACAACUCACAAACUGAGAUAAAGUCAGAUUUACCACCAUUUAUCCUCCGGUAUUUCUGAUUUUGUCAGUUGUACAAACUUCCAAGCAAUAAAUUAGGAAAUAUAUGAGGUUUCAACAACUGUUUGAACACACCAUUAAGAUGGUGGAUAAUGUGCCAAUUAUCAUACUAAACAGGCAGGUUCCCAUUUCAUAUUCAAAAUGUAAAAUGACGAAGUGUUUUCACAGAAGAGGAUCUUAAAAUUCCUGGUUCAGAUGAGGCUUGAACUCACAAGCUUGGCAGAGAUUUAAUUUGUACUGUUGUAGAACUGAUUACUGAUGUCAUUUGGGUUUGUUAUAACAAAGUUUUAAUUGCUGCUUUUUCAUUAAAAUUAACCCAAAACUACAGA